AUGAGCUUUUUUGUGGAUAGAUAUUGCUCAAAUUCAUCUUCUAUUCCUCUAACUCUUACUACUGAUGGACCAUUUCAAACAUCAAACAUUUUGGAUGAUGAGAAGAAAUCAAUAGUACCAACUAAGGAUGAAGGGUUUGAUACAAUUAUUGAACAACCUGUAAAAUUAACUAUACUGAACAGGGAUAGAAUUGAAUUUAAUCAUCAGGGACUAAUUGUGGAUGGGUUAAUAUUUGUUCAUUCAAUGCUCGUCGAUUCGGAUACAGAUUCUGGACCUCUGUCCCAUGUUCAUUGGAUUUUUACUCAAUGGAUGAAAAUCAAACCUAACGGUAGAAUAAUUGUAAUUCUUAUCGAGAAAGACUUUGAUAGGCUGUGUGAUUCCCUCAAAUCUAAGAAAACAUUCGAACAAUUUCAAACCUGGUUAUCAAAGACAUGUUGUAAAUACUUUCCAUUCCCAAUUUAUACUGUACAGAUUAGUAACUCUAAUUUCUCUCAACUCAAAAGAGAUGAAACACUAUUAUUUUCUACCUUAUUUUACUAUCAAUCACUGGCUGCUUCGGAAUCACUAGUUCUGACCUCUCCAUUUAUAUCACAAAGUUUAGCCCAACUCAGUGGUGCCAAUACAACUGCCUCCACAAGACACAAGAAAUUUUUCAAGCAAGAAUGUAACCUAGAUGAUUCGUGUAUUUACUUUAACAGCGAUUUGUACUUUAAAAUGUCUAAAAUAGGACUUUUGCUGUUGGAUUUUUCAAGUAUUUCAGAAAUAUCAAUAGCAGAAAUUAACAGCAUUCAAAUGGAACAAAAAUUUGCACUUUGUCAAUUAGAUUAUAGAACUAAUCAGCCAUCCUAUUUUAAACAAAUUGAAUUUGUUCAACUUAACGAUUGGAAACCAGAUGGUAAAUCUAUUUCAAAAUUUAUAGGAAGAUUUCCACUUGUUCAAGAAUUAACUGUAAAUCACACAAAUAAUUUCAGUAUUGGUAUUUUUAAGGAUAUUCAAAAGAAGGAAAUCAAAUCAAUACUCUUUGGCGUCAUAUUAGACACUCACCAUAUCAAACAAUUCUCUUCUCAAAAUGAUUUCAACAACUUUGUACAAUACUAUGAACGAAUUAAUGAGUAUAGUGUAUCUAAUCAAAUGAACAACGCAAUAGAAACCAUGAAUAAUGAAAGAAAGAGAUUUUCACCAAAGCAAACUUCUAGGUUAUCAAAGGGUCUUGAGGUUGGAACUAAUAGCCCAAGCUCUUCGAAAUCUCAAGCUUCUGCUCCUGUAACAACGUCUGAUGGAAAAACCUCAGAUAUUUAUCAAUUUCCGGUAACAGAUAUGAGUAUUUCUUCAAUUUGUGACUACUUUGGAUUACUGACAUUCCAGAAAGGAAGGGACAUGGAAACCCAAAUUUAUGAUGUAAUGGUAAAACUCAUUCCAGAAAAACCAAAUCAUUUUAAAUUAUAUGCCAAGUGUUCCAGCGCAACUGAGAAGGAUACUUUUUACAGAGAGGAGAUCCUUAUGAAACAAGGUAAAAUUGUUAAAGGAAUUUGUACAUGCCCUAUUGGAAGCCAAGGAAAAUGUAAACAUGUUUGUGCCAGUAUAUUAUCCUAUGUGUCCAUUAUUUCUAACAGGAAUAUGGGAAAUGAGCAGAAAAUUGAGGAAAAGGAAAAGAUUCUAAAAUCUGGAUCACUUGGCUCUCAAUCAGAAAGUCAACUCAGUGAAUCCAAAGUCAUAUCCCAAGAUCCUCCACCAGUCUCAUUUGCUGUAAAGCCAGAAUCAUCUGUAGAGCCAUCUCAAGAACCAAAAAAGAAGAAAACUCUACCAAGUUGGAUGGGUGGCUCAAAAGAAAAGCCACAAAAGUCUUCCUCCACCAAGUCUGAUUCAAAAUCGGAUCUCAAAAAACCAAAAACUAGUUUCUUUUUGUAUUGUGAUGAGUAUAGAGAUGCAGUUAAGGAAGAGUUGGGAGGAAAGGUUGCUGCUUCUGAAGUGGCAAAAGAAUUAGGAGCCAGGUGGAAGCAAUUAUCAGAAGAGGAAAAACAAGUUUAUGUUGACAAGCACAAGGAAUUAGCCAAUGAAUACGCCGAGAAGAAGAAGGAAAUUAAAUCCAAAAACAAAACAGAUUCAGAGUCUACGAGCACGAAUGAAAAACCAAAAACAAACAAAAAGAAAGUGAAAAAGGAAUCUGUGGAUAAUGAUCCAAUAGAAGAGAGUGAUGAAGAGGAAGACGAAUCAUUUGGAAAUAUAUUCUUCUCAAAACAAAAACAAAAAUCCUCUGAAGCCAAGCAAGAAUCCAAGGAUAGCUCCAUAAGGCCAAUUCCAGAAAUGUCACCAGAGAAUGUCACCAAAUCAAAACCACAACCUGCAACAAUUGUGAAGAAGGAACAACGCAGUGAUGACGAAGAUGAAGCAUUUGGAAAUAUUUUCUUUUCAAAACCGUCAUCUAAACCUUCAGUUGUCACAACCAGUGAAAAACCAGUUCUCAAUUCUGUACCUAGUGUCAUCAUAAAGCAAGAACCUCAGAGCCCUAAAAAGAGAAAGCUCCCCAGUCCUGUUAAGCCAACAGUUCAGAAACAAAAUGAAGAGGAUGAAUCCUCUGAUGAGGAUGUUGGCAGUAUAUUCUUUGCAACAUCAAAGAAAAAGAAACCAAAUAACUUGGAAGAAACUAAUGUAAAACCUGUUAAACCUGUUUUGCAAAGUAAUACAGUUGAAGAGAGAAAACCUAUCCAUGAAACAAAACAAGCAAUGGAUGAAAGCGAUGAUGAAGAUGCAAGCAGCAUUUUCUUUUCCUCCUCUAAAAAGAAACCAAAUGUCGAAACGAAGAAAGAACAGUUAAUUACGCCCAUUAGCUCAACAACAGAAAAAAAAGAUUCAAAUCUGGGUAAAGAUCGAAUGGAAGAAAGUGAUGAUGACGAAGAAGGUGGUAUUGCAAAUAUCUUCUUCUCCAAGCAAACAAAGAAGAAACCAUCCUCUCCAAUUAUUACAAAACAAUCAACUGUUUCGAAUACUAGUGCACUUUCGAGUAAUAUUUCUUCAACAAGUAAGCCAACACUAGCUCCAAACAAUAAGAAAGAUAUGGAUGAAACAGAUGACGAUGAGGAAGAUGUUAGUUUUGCCAAUAUUUUCUUCUCCAAAUCUACAAAGAAACAACCUCCUCCAGCUUCAUCAUCUACAAACUCAUCUACUUCAUCAGUUCCAAAACCUUCAUCUUCCUCUCCAUCCAAAACUAAUAAUCAGGAGAAGAACACAAAGAAAGUGACAUCCCUUAAAGCUAUGAUGGCAGAAUUUGAUUUUUAA